AUGCAGUUAUUGAAUUUCGAUCAAUUAGUUUAUCCAAUCAUGAUGUAAAUAAGAACAUUGAGAGAAAUUAGAUAAUAAGAUUAAAUGAUUUAGUCGAUAAUUGUAAAUAAUUAAUAAAUUAAAAUAGGAAUGCUAAAAUAGAGUAGAAUGUUUAGUUUUAUGUUUAAUGAAAUUUACUUUGGAUUAUGUUUUAGAUGGUCCAGAUAAAGUUUAAAUACAGUAUUAAUAUGAAAGAAAUAACAUUAAAUAAGAACUUACUUGUAAAUUGUCUCGUUUGCAUGAAUUUCUUAAAGGAAGAGAAUUUACAAAACUCAGAAGAUAAAUUAAAGAUGAAAUAUAAAAUCCAGAAGGAUUUAGUGAGAGUUCAAGUGAUAAUGAAUAAGAAAGCUUUUAAAUUAAAUUGGUAUAACUUAUAUUAAUAAGACAGGCCAUCUUAAAGAAUUUAGCCCUGAAAUUCAAAAAUUAAAUGCCAUUAUUAAUGAUCUUAAAUCUUAAUUAUCAUCUUAUGAAGCAAAGGAAACUAGAAGAAGAAAAUCUAUUGAUCAAUUAACCACAGCACAUUUUAAAGAAGUUCAAGUAUUGAAACAAUAGAUAAGAAUCUAAACUUAAGAUGAAGAACCCAACGAAUAUAUAGAAGUAGUUUAUUUUGAUAGAACUUCUACUUUAGAACCAGAAAUUUAUGAAAUGAUGAAUGAAAAAAUUAGAAAUAUUAAAUAACAAUAUGAAAAAUAUGUCUAAUAAUUUAUGUCUAGAAGAAAAUCUUAAUAAAUUGAAUAGCCUAUUUAAUUAAAGUAAAAGGAUGAACAUAAUAAAUCUCUUGAAAACCUAAGUGAAAAAGAACUCAUUAAGAUACUUUUGGAUAAAUAAUCAAAUCCUUAUAUGAUUUGGAAGCUAAUUGAAGAGUAAAGAUCAAGUAGAUUUCUUCUUUGUGUUUUAACAAAUUAAGAUAAAUAAUACGGUAUUUCUUAUAAGGAAAUAAAUGAAAUAUUAAGAUGUAAUAAAUAAGAUCUAAAUAAAUUAAAUGAAAUCAAAAAUUAAAUGUAGGAAUCAUAAACUUAAUUAUGUGCACAAUUUGCUAUUCAAAUAUAAUAAUAUAAAUAAUAAGUUGCAAACCUUAAUUCAUAAGUCUAAGAACUAUCUUUCUAUUAUUCCUAAUAACUAAAAGUUCAAGCUGAAAUAAUCUCAAAUGAGAAUAUAUUAUAACUUCACUCUCAAAUAGAGUCUUUAAGCAAAAAAAUUGUUUAGUUAUUUAAUGAAAACAUAAACUUGAGAUUUGAAAUAGAUAAAUUAUAAAAUUUAACUAAAUAGCAGUCACAAUAAAUAUAAUUGAUCUAUAACAAUACUAAAUUGUUAUAUUAAACUAUUGACUCUAAAGCAUAGAUUUAUUCUUAAUUAGAUAAAUUUGAUUGGUCAAAAGAUUAAUCUAAAAUCGGUUCAGAAAUUUAAAAAUAAAUUACAAAAUUAGAUCCAUUUUUAUGUGCUUUAUUUUAGGUUUAGUAAUAACUUUUACUGUUUUAAUACUAAGCCAAAAAAAUAGCAUCUAAUGUUGAAAUUACUCCUAUGUGUUAAUAUACUCAAACAGAACAAAAAGAUAUAAUACCUGAAAAUAUUGUUUAUUAAAGCUAAUCAUAAGAUAAAACAAUCAUAAAAAAUGAUAAAUUUACUUAAACUAAUUCAUUUUAUGCUAAAAAAAUAAAUUAAACUGAUUCUCUUUUCGAUUCUAAUCAAACUUAGAUGGAUUAAACGAAAUUGAAAUAAAAAUUUGGGACGGAUGUUUAUGAUAGAUUAUUUGAAAAUUCUUAAAAAAUAAAUCAAAAAAUGUAAUAAUUAAGACCCUUUAUAGAGAGAAUGAAUGAAAAAGAAUUUUCAGAUAUCAUACAGAUAUUUAAAUCAUUAUAAUAUGAAUAUUCAAAUGAGAAAUUUUAAUUAGAUAUAUCUUCUCCCAAUAAUUAAAUUAUAGAAUUACCUUAACAGAAACCUCCUUAAUUUGCUUUAACAUAAAGAUCAUUAAAAUUUAUGAAUACUUUUAAAUAGAAUAAAUUAAACAUUCUAAAGAAACCUAGUAGAUCUGUUGAUUAAAAUUUAGUCAAUUAAUAAGCUAAUUAGUAUAUACUUAUUUAAUUUAGACUUUUUACCGAUUUGGAUAAGCAACGAGGAUAAGCUCAAAUAUAAUUUUUAAAAACCCGAGCAGGCUCAUUCAAUAGAAGAAUUUCUCGAUUAAUGCCAACAUCUUUAGAUGAAAAGUUUAAGCAGAAUAGGUUUUUAUCAAUAAGUUGA